CGAAGCGAGUGGUCGAGGCCUCGAGGGUUGAGGAGAAAUAAAAGAAGCAGUGGUUUUGGUGAUGUCCUUCGCACUUUAUUCUCACAGCUGAGUAAUCGCCGUUCUGAUGACCAGUAGUAGCAUGCAAGAGCAAUGUGUAGACGGCAAGAGAUUCUCCUUUCCUUUCACACCUUACGACGUGCAGCUGAGAUUUAUGAGCGAUUUGUAUCGCACGUUGGACGAGGGCAAAAUUGGCAUUUUUGAGAGUCCCACAGGAACGGGUAAAUCACUCAGCCUGAUCUGCGGUGCACUGACUUGGCUUAAAGAGCGUGAAGCAGCUAAGAGAGCACGGCUCAGUGAACUCAGCCAGUUAUCGCAGGCGUCGGCUGCAACAUGCCGAGAGGAUAGCUGCUGCCGGACCGAGUCACAAGCAACAGUCGCGUCAGACGCACCCUCUACACAGCCUUCCACAACGGAUGAGUUCUCCUGGGUUCUGGAGCAACAUGAUCAGCAGCAGAAGCUCCGCGAACUGCAUGACCUGAAGAAUCAGGAGGAACAGGUCAACAAGGUGAUUUCAAAUCAACAAGCUCAUUCGCACAACCAUCGCAAGCGAAAGACCAAUAUAAAGGCUGAGUUGCUUGCGCUCAACUCAGAGGACAAUCAGCAGCAAGAUGCACUGGAAGAUGCAGAUCUCUUACUGGGAGAUGUUGACAUGCUGUCUAAAGAGAAAGAAGAGUCAUCCGAUGAGAGUGAUGAUGAGGAGGAUGUGCACUGCAUGAAGAUCUACUACUGCAGUCGGACGCACACUCAGCUGGCGCAGUUUGUCCAGGAAGUGAAGAAGACGACGUUUGCCGAUGAUGUUCGGUUGGUGACGAUUGGUUCCAGGCAGACAUUAUGCAUCAACCCCGACGUCCGCAAGCUGGGCAAUCUCUCCUUGAUGAAUGACCGGUGUCGUGAACUGCAGCAGAACAAAAAGAAGAAGGCAUCAUCGGAGACCGGCACCAGGAAGAAGAAGAAAGACACAACGAGCGGUUGCCCGUAUCACCUACAGUCUCACAUUUCACAGCUGAAAGAGCAAAUCCUGGCUGACGUGGAGGACGUGGAGUCUGUGAUUGCAUCCGGUCGUGACCUGACUGCCUGCCCUUACUAUGCAUCUCGAUACUCCAUUCCGUUGGCAGAGCUAGUUGUCCUUCCCUAUCAGUCUCUACUACAUGCGUCUAGUCGCUCAGCACUAAAUGUCAAGUUGGCUGGCAAUGUUGUGAUCAUUGAUGAAGCACACAAUCUCAUUGACACACUCACUGCCAUGCAUAGUGUACGAAUAACAGCAGCACAGCUGACUGCAUCUCUAGCACACGUACGCGAGUACCAAGAUAAAUACAGAUCUCGCCUGAAGGCCGUUAACCUUUCCUACUUGAAGCAGCUAAUAUUUGUACUGGAAAAGUUACUGGCUUGCCUGGACUCAAAAGGCGUCAAGGCAGAGAAAACAUCCAUCCACACCAUGGAGGACUUUUUGCGACGGGCGCACCUGGACAACGUUAACUUGUUCAAGGUGUUUCGCUACUGUGAACAAAGUCAACUUUCUAGAAAGCUGGGCGGCUUUGCACAGAGGUACAACUUACAGAUGGCUGCCUCGGUGGGGCCAGCAAGUACUACAUCUGCAGCGACAGAGUCCAGUAAGACAGUCACAACAGUCAAAAGCACGGCGGCUAGUUUAGAUCCGGUGCCUGCUGGUGCUACGUCACCUCUGCAGUUUGUUGUAGACUUUUUCAAGGCAAUGACGAACGCCGACGUCAAGGGAAGAAUGCUGAUUACCCUCACCGAGCGGCCGAGUGCAGCCAGCUUGAAGUAUCUGCUGCUCAAUCCCUGCUCACAGUUCAUGCCUAUAGUACAGCAGUGCCAUGCUGUCGUUGUAGCUGGUGGCACCAUGCAGCCGACUAGCUCUUUUCGGCAACAGCUUCUAUAUUCGGCAGGGAUUACAGAAGAGCGGGUCAGCGAGUUUGCGUGUGAUCAUGUUAUACCAGCCGAGCAGCUACUGUGCGUCACACUGGAGCAAGGCCCGUCUGGCGUGCCGUUGGACUUAACGUUCAAGUCACGCACUUCACCACAGCAGGUGGAUGAAAUCGGCAGGAUUGUGUCAAAUUUAUGUUCGCUUGUUCCUGGCGGCAUUGUCUGCUUCUUCCCAUCGUAUGCGUACGAGCAGAGCAUCAUCGACUCCUGGACCAAGUCAGGUGUUAUGAAGACUAUCAGCAAUAAAAAGAAGGUCUUCAGAGAGCCGAAGCUAGCCAGUGAUGUGGAGAGCACACUCUCCAACUAUGCUAGGUGUUGCAAGCUGACUAGCGGUGGGGAGCACAGUCUAACCGGUGCACUGUUGUUUAGUGUGGUCGGUGGCAAGCUGAGUGAAGGAAUCAACUUUGCUGAUGACCUGGGGAGAUGUGUUAUCAUGGUGGGUCUUCCCUACCCCAGUACACAGUCUGUGGAACUACAGGAGAAAAUGACUUACUUGGAUAAACAACAACCAGGUAGUGGUCGUGAGUACUAUGAAGGCCUGUGCAUGAAGGCCGUCAACCAGUCCAUCGGCCGUGCUAUUCGUCACAUCAAUGACUACGCCACUAUCGUACUACUGGAUCAGCGCUACAGCCGGCCGCACGUCGUUCAGAAACUGCCCAACUGGAUCCAGGCCAGUACUCGCACAUGCGCUACAUUCCCACUCGCCUUCUCCGCCAUCAGAAAGUUCUUUGCACAGAGGAAAGCCGUGUCCAAGCCCUAGAUGGUACUCUCGGUUCACUUGCCACCCGUACGCACGUUUCAGUUUCUUCUGCUGCACUCUUGGUGGGUAAUGACGGUGCUGAUGAAUGAAACUAACUUCAUGCGAUCAGCAGUUUAUCCAGCACUAGGAUUUUUUAGUUUUUUUUACCCUUUUUCAUUAAUUUUUAUCUUCUUUUUAUCUUUUUUUUUUACAGAUUUCUUACCCAACCCAACAUUUAAAAUCUCCAAUCAGUGUCUAUUCCAACAUCCAACACUCAACGUGUCCAUGCUAUCCAACAAACAUCACCAGUUUGUAAAUUAUUCCUGCCAGUUCAAUGAAGUCAUACUCAGUGCUCCACAAUGCAGUUCCAUAUUCUCAGUUUUCCUUGCCAGUAUUUAUGCCCAUGCAAGAAAGGUCUGCGCUAUCAUAAAAUUCAGCAAUAAUUAUGACCCUGAUUAUAGGUGCAUGCUGUGUGGACCAUGUACCAGGCAAUAUUGUUUUCAUUAGAGAAUCCCUCACUCUAGCUCAGCUACAGUUACUUCAUAAAAUUUACCUGUGAUCUUUGUAUUCCUUGCAAUCAGGUUCACUGCAUGCACUCCAUAGAACAUAGCAAGCUGUUCCAAUCCUUGUCACAAAUUCUGAACUCCUCCAUCUGAGUGUGCUCUGAAUUACAAUGUCUGCUGUCUAGU